CCAAGUAGGGAAAUGUUUAAGGAGAGAAAGCAUGGUGCAUUGGGGAAAAGAGUGCUGGACUUAAAAGUCCAGAGAUCUGUAUUUGAAUCUCAGCUCCAACGCUUAUAAGCAGUGCAAAUAUGGCCUUAGCUACAAAUCCCAGAAGGUGGGAGAUGGGUGGAGCAGAAGCAGUAUUUGCUCUGUGUAUCCUCUCCAGGAAGAUGAAGCUCCUCCUUCCACUCCUGCUGACUCUUCUAUUUCACGAGGCUGCAGCUGAUGAGAUCAUUGGGGGUGAAGAAUCAAAACCACAUUCCCACCCUUACAUGGCAUUUCUGAAAAUCAAAGAUCAUCGUUCCCUGUACCACUGUGGUGGGUUCCUGAUUCGGAGGGACUUUGUGAUGACUGCAGCCCACUGCACAGGACACUCCAUCACAGUCAUCCUUGGAGCACAUAACAUCACAAAGAGAGAGGCAAGUUGGCAGACCCUUAAUGUUAAGCACCAAUUUCCUCACCCGGAAUAUGAUCCCAAGAGUUAUAUCAAUGACAUCAUGUUACUAAAGCUGGAAGACAAAGUCAAACUAACUACAGAAGUGGGGAUUCUCCCCCUGCCCUCAACAUUCAAUUCUGUCUCACCUGGGAAAUUAUGUCAAGCAACUGGCUGGGGAAUGACAGGAAUAAGAGCCCCAGCAUCAGACACUUUACAGGAGGUGAAACUGAGACUAAUGGAUCCCAUUAACUGCAAAGUGUAUAAAGCUUUUCAUGAGAAACUCCAGUUGUGUGUGGGGAACCCCAAGUCAAUUCAACCAGCAUUCGAGGGAGAUUCUGGAGGACCCCUCGUUUGUUCUGGUGUGGCCCAAGGCAUCAUCUCCUAUGGACGAACAAAUGCGGUACCUCCUUCAGUCUUCACUCGAAUUGCCUAUUACCGCCCGUGGAUCAAUCAAAUCCUAAAAUCAAAUUAGCUCUGUGGUCUUGGCUAAGCCAAAAGGAGUUUCCAUCCUAGGACCAAGCCAUCCUCUCUAAGCCUUUCACACCAGGACCGCCCCAGUGUCUGCCCAGCCUCACCCCCGAGCCUAAAAUGGGAGUGGAGGGAUGGGGGAUAAAAAUAGAGGAGUAAAGAGUAUUAAACUGGACAUUGAAUUGAAGGCUGACUAUGACUUCAAUAAAUCUAAGCUUCCA